AAAAUGACAACACUGGUAUUCUUUUGACAUGUUUUUCUUUUGAGUACCAUUACUUUUAUUACGGCAUUAAUUUUUAGCAAAUUUAACUGAAAAAAUUAAUGACUGCAUAACUUGUAAGUGAAAUAGUUUAACGAUUUUUACGAACGGUCGAUUGUAAGAGAAAAUGGCAUCUUUGACACGUCUGCUUGAGAGGAAUUUACGUAAUUCCAGCACAGCUGCAGGUAAACGGCUAUACAGUCGGACACAAGAGGAACCAGCAGCUGGUACCAAGCAUGAAUUUAACGACGAAGAAUUUCGUGUACUCAACUUGCGUGCUGCUAAGCAAACAGAUCAACAGAAACGUCGUGUAUUCAAAAAAGAAGCAGCACUGCCGCCUCGUCAUCUCAAAAUGGCAACGGAUCAGGAUUGGACUGCUGUGUGGCCGGGUCCACGUACAUUUCAACCAAGUAGUGUGCCGUUGCCUUUGCGUCAAGGUUACACAGAAAAGGGUGCAGCACCUCCAUCUAAAUUCGCCAAUGCAGAGCUUAUGAAAAUUCCAAAUUUUCUACAUUUAACACCACCGGCCAUUCGUCAACAAUGUGAAGCUUUGAAAAAAUUUUGUACACCAUGGCCUAAAGGUUUAGAGUCCGCGGAAAAAUGGGAAAAACAUUUUCCUAUCAAAGUUAAAAGUACAGAUUACUGUCAUGCUCUACCCACCAUACGCAAUCCAGAUGCUCGACGUGUAACACUGAAUAUUAAGUUGUCAGAUUUGAAAUUUGAUGCACAUGCAAAGGAUAAAUUUUUACGUUUAGUUGGUGAUCGUUACAACCCGAACACCGGUAUACUAACAAUUGUGGCGGAUAGAUGUCCUUUGAGGAAACAAAACUAUGAUUAUGCAAUGUAUUUGUUAACUGCUUGCUAUCACGAAUCAUUUGUUACUGAACCAUGGGAAAAUAACAAAUCGGAAGCCGAUAUGGAAUAUUAUAGUUUUGAACGAAAUAAGUCAAAACAAACGGCAGAGGCAAUAAUAAAUUGGGGUAUACCUACUGACGCAGCGAAAUUGAAAGUCAGUCAAGAUUUUGCACAAACCGUAGAGCUGCUUAUAAAUGAAGGUGAAAAUGAAUACAAUUUGGGAAGAUAUAAAGAAGAGGUAUUAAAGUUGCUAAGUGUAAGAAACGAAUAAUUGUUAAAAUUUCGUAUUAAUAAAAUUAUAUGAAAUGUUGCAAAAAA